AUGUCUAAAAGAAGCCAGCGUUUGGUCACUUUUGCAACCGCCAAGAAUACGUCAUCUUCACUAAAUUCCACUGCAGAGUGGGUAUCUGAACAUUCUAGUCAUUGGCAAUUCCCUUUACUUAAUGAAGCACAAACAAGUAACAAUAAUUAUGAUGAUGUACUUGACAUUGAAAAUAUGGAUUUUGUUUGUCUAAACUAUAACAAUCAAGAAGAAAAUAAUGACCAGUCUUUUAAUACAUCGCCAGUUGUAGUCAUUGAAAUUCCAGUCCUUGCAGGUACUUCAACAGCAAAUACUUCCAUUGAAACACCAAAUAACAUAUGA